UUUGAGUCACGACUGCCGUGUGGAGCAGCAGCAGGUGGGCGGGGAGAUCGACACGAGUGGAGAGGAAGUGGUGAGGAUGCGUUCCAGCCGCCGAGCUGCACUUUGCUCCGUGCGUCGCCACAAACAGCCGGUCAGCACCGGAGCCUCUGACCCCCAACAGGAGCCGGGACCACGGACGGCGAUGCCCGACGAGGUGAGGAGGCGGUGGGAUCUCGGCCCACUUCGCCGUGAGGCUCAGAGCAGUUUCCCUGGACAAUGCAGUUUCUGUAAAUCACCACAUCUGAGCGUCCACUGAAGGGAAAAGGAACCCGUGGUUGGAGGAACGACGGCAGAGCUUCCCCUCUCAUCGACUUCUCUGUGAGUGAACGAUGUCAGCCAGCUCUGCCGACGGUUUGGGAACAGGAACCAGAAACCAGAAAGUGUCAAAGGAUCAUAAAAAGACAGGCAGAGUUCGGUACACGAGUAAGCACAGGCGGCAGUACAGGCAAGAAGCAGGCAGUGGUUCAAACGCGACAAGACUGAUAUCAGGCAUGGAAAGGUCCGGGCAGGAAUCAGAGCCCACAGCAGCUGCCCUGAAAGGAGCCAUCCAGCUGGGCAUCGGCUACGCUGUGGGAAACCUCAGCUCCAAACCGGACAGGGAUGUCCUCAUGCAGGACUUCUCUGUGGUGGAGAGUGUCUUUCUUCCCAGUGACGGCAGCAACCUGACUCCAGCACAUCACUUCCCAGAUUUCCGUCUGAAGACAUACGCUCCGCUGGCCUUCCGCUACUUCAGAGAGCUGUUUGGCAUCAAACCUGAUGACUAUCUGUACUCCAUCUGCAACGAGCCUCUGAUCGAGCUGUCCAACCCCGGCGCCAGCAGUUCCUGGUUCUACCUGACCAGCGAUGAUGAGUUUAUCAUUAAGACUGUGCAGCACAAAGAGGCUGAGUUCCUGCAGAAGCUGCUUCCUGGUUACUACAUGAAUCUGAACCAGAACCCCAGGACGCUGCUGCCCAAGUUCUACGGUCUGUACUGCAUCCAGUGUUCUGGCGUCACCAUCCGUCUGGUGGUGAUGAACAACGUGCUGCCGCGGGCCAUGAACAUGCACUACAAGUACGACCUGAAGGGCUCCUCGUACAAGCGCCGCGCCUCGCGCAAGGAGCGUGCCAAGUCUUCGCCCACCUUCAAAGACCUGGACUUCCAGGAAAUGCAUGAAGGCCUGUACUUCGACCCAGACACUUACAGCGCGCUGAUGAAGACCUUGCAGAGGGACUGUCGGGUGCUGGAGAGCUUUAAGAUCAUGGACUACAGUCUCCUGCUGGGCAUUCAUGUUUUGGACAAGAAGCCACUGAGCAGAGAAAGCCGAUGCGACAGCAGGAGGGGACAGAAGGUUCUCUACUCCACCGCCCUCGAGUCCAUCCAAGGAACCGUGAAGGACCCUGAGCCUGUGGCUGAUGAUGAAACGUUGGGUGGAAUUCCUGCCAAACAUCGAGAUGAAAACCUUCUUAUAUUCUUAGGAAUCAUUGACAUUCUUCAAUCUUACAGGUUUAUCAAGAAGGUGGAACACUCUUGGAAGGCUCUUGUACAUGAUGGGGUGUGUAACUUGAUAUGUGCAACUUUUACAUGCAUACAUUUUGUGUAUAUAAACAUCUCUUUUCCAUCUCAGGACACGGUGUCAGUUCACAGGCCCAGUUUUUAUGCAGACAGAUUUUUGAAAUUCAUGGGUUCAACUGUUUUCAAAAAGCUUCAUCCUUUAAGAGGAGCUUCUUCCAAAAGAAAGAGAGCUACUCUCCAUCCAGUGAGGUCAGCAUCUCAGGAGUUUCUCUCCCCACAUAGGGAGGAGAGAAACUCCUGGAAAGUGGAGAGCAGAGCCCAAAGCGUGGACAAUCUGGAUGAAGAUUGUGAAUUUUACAGCUCUUCUAAACAACCAGACCUUGUUCCAAGACCUACUGUUUCAUUUGAGUCCAACUGGAAUGACGAGGAGCAUCAUGAAAACAGUGAAGCCCGCCGAGGCUCCAGUUCAACAAUCGCUCUGGACGAUUCCCUGCGGAGCCUCAGCAAGAGCCGGUCAGACUCUGAGCUGGAUGUUUACUUUGUGGCCUCUGGUUUUCAAUCAUUUCAAGAAGUGAGAAGAAAAGACUGAUGUCUUCAUUCAUCUGUAUGGCUGACCUUUGACCCCUGAGCUUCUUUGUGGCUUAAAGACACCGGGACUUCACGGCAGCGUAAACACAACCAUAAAUUAGAGGAAAUCUGUUCAGUUGCUACAAGUGAGCAUCACUUUUUGGCUCAAACUGAAUGUGGCAAAGCACUGUUUCAGACAUCUCACCAGCACCAGGUGACAGCUACAGCUACUGACACAGUGAAUCACUAUGGUAAUAUAAGACACUAUAAAGCUGCUUCUUCCCUAAGCUGCUCAUUUAAUGAUGUGUUAAAAUAAUAGUCUGUUUCCUUGCGCUGUAUUUGUCAUUUUUGUUCUGUGUACAUGUCUAAACUCAGUGGCUGGAUCGCUGGGGAAAGAAACCUGUUACUAAAUCUGUUACAGAAAGUAAUACUUUCCUGCUGUUGUUUCCAAAUUGUGUAUUUAUACAGAAAUAUGUGCUAAAAUGAUAAUAUCUGAAUAAAUAACAGGCACAUAAUCGCAUAGAUUACUUUGAAAUCAUAAUUUGCAUAAAACUGUUUGUUUUCAUAUUCAACAUUGUGUGAUUUUUAUUCAUACAUACAUAAUCUGCUCCCGCCAUGUCAAUAAAUGUUUUUAUUGCUGAGUUUUAUUGUGAAAAAUAGAUUUCAUAUUAAGCAAUAUACUCUGGUGAUACUUAAUGCAAAUCAACCAACAUACUGUAUGCUGUAAUCAUAUGUUUACAAAUUAUUUGCAUUUUUUUCAUGCACUCCUGCGUCAGUCGUUUUAAAGAAGCAUGGCGUCUUUUUUUGACUAUUGUGUUUCAGUGUGGCUGAUAGACCUGUAUUAUAGCUUUGUGUAUCUGUUAAAUAAAUGUAUAUUUAUGUAUAUCUCUA